AUGGCUUGGCGAGACGCGGGCGAGAAGCUCUAUCGAUGCAUCCGCACCCACGCGCGCUUUCCACGCAUGAAUCGACAUCAAAAGAAACCGCUGCGCUCCACACCAUCGAACCCGACCCUGCAAAACACGGAACGCACCGAAUUGGCUUCGCCCUCCAUCUUCCGCCAGGCCCGCGCCGUAUGCGAUCCAGACCCGCGCUUGUCCAACCUCCCUGCCGACACGGCCCAACACGGGACGCAUGCUGUGUGGAACUUGUACCACCUCCUGAGCCAGGGCGAGCCAGGGCGAGCAACGCAUCUGGAACCACGCUUCGGAGUUCGGCUGCGCCCUACCACAAGCGAGAGUUCGCAUUCGGACCGAGCAACGCUCCAUGCAGCAACGAAAUCCAAAUGCCGUCGCUCCAACGCCGCCGCGGCCCUUCCAACGCUCGUGGUCGCUCCUGCGUCUCGCCAGCAUCGCACACGCAUGCAUUCCUCCGAGCCCUGCCCGGCCAUGCCCGGCCAUGCCCGACCAUGCCACGUCAGAAUCGCGCUCCUCGCCCUGGCGCUCUCUCCGCACCGCGUGAUAUUGCCGGCAUGCAUGGACGCCAUGCCAAGCUCGCACGCCAGAGCCUCCCCUCACGCCGGUUGCGCCGGUUUUUCAUUUGGUAGUUCGAUUGGAUGCCUUGGCUUGCCUCCCGGCUGGUCCGACACCUCGCUGGAUCUCCGAUUCAUGCUCGUUUCCGAUCCAGCUCGACGUGCCUUGCAGCUUGCACCAAAAGUACAGCCUGCCAAGUCGAUGACCCGUCGGCACUGUGGCACUGAUACACUCCAUGCUGGGCUAGGCGCUCGACUAAAGAUCCAGCGCGGAUCUGUCGGCUCUGCCGGAUUCUGCGGGGCGAGCAUGAACGAGAUGAGCUCGACUCGUCGUCGGGAACAGCGGUUGCCAAUCUUUGCGUCCGUGCCCGUGCCGUUGUCCGCUGUCUCGCCUCGUACAACAACCGUCGACGACACCCGGAUUGCGGCGAAUGGACCGGUGCCAGAUCGAGCGCUUCCGAAAACCAUGCGGUCGCGCCAAGACGCCAUGGGUCUGUCCGAGUUCCGAGAGGAUGCGCGUGGCUUUCAAGCCCCGACGCUCGCCUCUUUCCGUCCGAGGCGCUGCCAACGCCACCUCGCCGGCACUGGGCCUCGAGCCUUGCCACGCAUUCCGCGGACAACACCCACCCCCUCUCACUUUCAGCCUCCGACGCCUGUCCAAUAA